CCGGCCCUCAGAAGCCUCCGGUGCCUCGGGCGGGGCGGACCGGCGGCGUUCUCCCGGCCCCGCUCCCCUCAUGCCGUCCGUGCUGCGCCCUUCAGCGCUGGCCCGGCCCGGCCCGGCUGGCCGCGCUCUCUCGGGCACCCGCGGGCAGGGCCGCAGCCAUGCGCCCCGCGGUGACCUGACGGCGCUGGACACGGAGCUGGGGAGCGCUGGAGGCGCUCCGUCGCACCUGCGGUUCCUGAAGCCGUGCGAGGGAACAGCCGGGGCGGUGCGGCCGCGGAGCGCCGUGCGGGCGGGGAGCGCUCCGGGCAGCGCCGCCCACGCGCGCCUGAGCGCCGUCCUGAGCAAAGUGGCGCAGCUGGAAAGCAAAAUCAUGGGUCAGAAAAAGCGCCUGGAAUUGCACAACACCGACUCGGGCCUGGGGUGCACCUCCUCUGCCUCUGGGCGUGAGGGUGGUGCCAAGGGCAGGAGGUACUGGAAGAAUUAUGGUGCCACCGGUGGGAACGGGACCCGCAGGGAUGCCUGUUCUGGGGAAGAGGAGAGCACGCCAAGCCCUGAAAGGAGUGUUGUGGUUAAACAACAGCUUGAUCUGGAUAGUGAUGAAGAGGAAAUGAGGGAAUUGAUGGAGAGCUCGUUGGGGCUUUCCAGUGGAAGUGGGAAUCAGAAGGUUCUGAGUAAGACUCCAGCUCCAUCAGGAAAGGCUCCUCCACCUCGUAAGGAAGUUUCAUCAGCAGAGUUAUCUAAAGCAUCUUCUUCUCACAACAAAGACUCAGAGGAAAGUGUGUCUGGUAGAGUUAAUUCACCAGCACCCUCACCCACCAGCAGAAACCUGUCAGGACAUCCCACGAGACCUCGACUGCUGUCAUCUUCCAUGCAAGACAGCACUGCAAAGAGUGCUCUGCCUAAAGCAGGCUGCACCAAGCAAAUCCAAGAAUCCCUUGAAAGUGUCAGAAGUGAAAUAAAGUCAUUAGAUGAAUUAUUUUCUGAAGGAACUGAUGCAGAAGAUCCAUCCAGCAGCAGUUUGAAAUACUUUGGGCUGAAUAUCAUGAGCCUUGAUGAUUUGGCACCAGAUACCACCAGUAAGGCAGCAGAAUUAAAGCAGAAAGGAGAAGACAUUCAGUUUACUCAAGAAUCAAACAAAUAUGUGAAAAAAGAUGCAUUGCAGGUGGAAGAGGAGCAGGCUGCUGUAAAAAUGACCAGUGCAAUAACUGCUGGGAGUGAUUCUUCUGCAGAAGAAGUUGAAAAAUGUGUGUCCGAAGCUGAAAUCUCUGAACAUUUAAGUGGAGUUUCCUCAGAUUUCCCUCCACACAAACAGGAUUAUCCUAAUCAGAAUGAGAGUACUCUUAAUUCAGAAUAUUCUGAAGACUUUGCAGGGUCUCAGUCUGCAGCAGACGGGGAAGAGGGACGUGCUGAGGGCUGCAGCUGCUCUGGAGCACACCCAUGCUCAGGGCCACCCCCAGAGCAGCACAGCCCGGGCCACCAAGUGAGUGUCACAGAAGCUGCAGUCCAGACAGCAGAGCCUCCCUGCAGCUCCUGCUGGGCAAAGGCACUCCCCGCUGCAGCGCUCGCCCCGCCCGUCGGCACCAGCUGCAUUGACCCAGUGCCAACUGCCAGUCACACCAUCAGCCCGGAUGCAGUAGAAGCCCUGAGCGCGUACAGCCCCUCGGCUCUGCUCUUACACACCCUGUGCAAGCAGCACCUGAUGCUGACCCAGCAGUUUGUCCAGAACGUUCAGCACCUUCACACAGUCCUCGUGGAGUCCUUGGAGCAUGAGAAGUUUCGCUACCAUACCCUGGAAGAGGCUAAAGAGUACAUCAGGAAUCACAAAUCCCCACCUCUAACAAUUGAGCAAGCACUUGAAGAAAUUCGGAGAGAAGCCAGGAGGAACUGCUUGGACAGUUAUUGCACUUCAAGUGACAUUUGUAUUCACAGGGCUAAGGCUGAAACAAGAAACCUUCCACGUUGCACAGAUAAAAGAUGAUAAACUGUGUUGGAAGAAUUCAUACAAACUGCUAUGUUAGUAUAAAUUAGUUAGUACAAGGUGCUAAUUAUUGUAUAUAAUUUACUUUUCUAUACCUGAAUGUUUUGUGUACACAAUACAGAGAUACACAGGAACCUUCAGCCAGACUAUGUCAGCAGAAGAGACAUCAAGACAACACUUGUAUCUCAUGGGACUCUGAUAAGUCAUCACAGUGCACACAUUUAUCCAGUGCAUUGUGAGAUCUGUGAUCUCAUCUGUGAUGGUGGCACAAGUGAAAGUCUGUACUAGAGCCUGAGAACACAACCACAGCAGAAAAUUACCAUAUCCUGACUUCAGUGCCAUUACCCAAACAGUGUUUCUGUAUAAUCAGCCUUGUCAGGCUACAACAAACCCCAACACCCACUUGGGUGUGUUCAUUAAGAUAAUUCAAAACAAGGAAGGCUUGCAUCAAGGUACAGGAAAUCUCAGCUGCAUUUUUAUUUUUAAAAAAAUUGUUUAUUGGAAGGCAAAACAACAACGUUCACAAGUUGGUAACAUACAGGUGUUGUAUGCUGAUUCACAGACAGGUACAGUUCCACAACUACAGCAGAUCUAGAACAAACUGAUACUCCACCAUAUUAACUGGAUGGUUUUAUGAGGGUUUUUGCUCUACAAACAAACAACUGGAACAGGGAACCACCACGCAGACCUGGGAGUGGAAGUGCAGUGUAAGGGCCUAACAGCUCUAGCUGGUGCUCUCUGGGAACAGUUACAAAAGAUUUGUUUCAUUUUUCAUUUAGAUUACAGCAAGUUUCCAAGUUUCUCGUUGAUAGAAACGUGUAGAGCAGAGAAAAUGGAUUCUCUUCUAUUGAACUAAUUAGCUUUUAUUAAAGGGUAUAUACAAAAAUA